GAAGCAGCCUUCGAUGAGCUUUUCCUUCCCAGCCCUCUCCUUUCCUUCUCUCUUUGCUUGCUCUGCACAUCUGUGCUCCUUUUGACAUACUCCCUGCCGGUAUAAAUACACGCGUACAGUAGCACCGGUGGCUAGCGCAGCAUUUCUUCUGCCUCUCUUUCCAGCUAGCUCCCUUUUCUUUCAUCACUGCGCACUCUUAGCACGCUGCAGUGGUGCUCUGACUUCAAACCUAUUCAAUACAACGUGAACCCUCCCACCACUUUCCAUUUAUUUCUCAACCCACUUGCGCCAUGUCGUAUCCAAGAAGGCAGCCGCAGUCGCAACCACCACCACCCCAGCGCGGUACCCGCCUGCGUCAUCCCGCACGCCGUGGUACCACCGCUGCUGCGGGAAACGCCAGAGCCCCACCGAAUGACGCAUCUGCAUCUCGGCAGCAGCAUGGUGGUGGCGCCGGCAUUUUGGCAGACCUCAAUUCGCUCCACGACCAGCGCAACCGCGAUAUCCAUGCUGUGUUUGCUACUGCCACGCCGCUCGACUCGCUAUCAGAGUCGGUGUGUGUCAGUGGCCACUUGACGCCUACAGACCAGUGGGUUGCGGUGGGCAAUGCCAGCAGCGGUGUCAUUUCGUUGACAUCCAGCGAUAAUGAAGAAGACCGUCCAGACUCGGCGAUAGGCGCUCCGCCGCAGGAGAGCCAGGCGCAGGAGAGCCAGACAUCCGAGUUUGGCAUUGGCUUCAGCGUGCCAGUCGAUGCGCAGUACCGGGAUGUCAGACCUGCCAGCAUGCCAGUGCCGCAAUACACACGUCUAGCCAGUAGCUCCCAUGACCCAUUCGAUGCCACCCCGGAAGAUCCGGCGCAGACCGUGCACAUGCUGCGCGAGAGCGUUGCCAGCAUGCUGACCGCCGGUUCGAGCUCCUCGUCAGCCACAUCAUCGGCGAAUCCGGCCCGCAGACACUCGCGUCAACUGGCACGGUUUGACCGCCGCCGCCAGCAGCACCAGCAGCAAGACGUGCCACGCUCGCCGAGCCACCUGUCAAAGGUCAGCGAGCCGUGCUAUCCGUCGGGCCAGCGUCGGCCGACAGUGGAUUUUGACCAUUUCUCGGAGAUUGCGCUGUCGUCGUCAUCGCCACCGCAGCACCCGCACCCGACCAUGUUCCCGCCGUAUGAGGAAUACCAUAGCCAGGCAGGACGAGUAGGCAUGCAAGCAUGGCAAGACAGCAGCAGCACCAAUAACAGAGUGGUAGACGCCACGGCGCAAAAUGCGCAGCAGCUGUCGUUCCGCCGUCGCACAAACACCUCAGGCAGCAUGAACAGCGAGAACGAUGCCAUUGUACCAAGCCACUACUUGCCGGUAGAUCCGCGGCUCGCAUCCAUAUCGUCUGUAAACACGCGGUCGCCGUUCGCGUCGAUCCAGACAAUCUCGCCUGUUAUUCUGCCGUACAACGACGGGCCAGGUGUCCGUGGAUGCCACGUCAGUCAAGCGUGCGCAGGCCGAGGAGGCCCUGGACCAGGCAAUUCUGUGUCCCAGUGGAACAUCUGUCAGCCUGGAGAAGACAGUGCUGCUAAGGUAAGAAUGAUGGUGCAGCAGCAGGAGGUGAUGUCUGGCCAAAUGGCAGCACAUCCAGAAAUAUGGACGUCCAGCCAUAUACAUACAUGAGCAGUUUUAAUUUUCUUUCUUCGGUAUCCUCGUGUUGCGUAGUGGCGGCAACGACGAUGCAGGUGCCGCUGGCAAUAGCAAUAACGGCGGCAUGCAGAGGCUGGUAAAGUACACCGGGUACGCGAUCCUCGG